CGUCAGUAACCUCGCAGACACGGCGGAGGCUGGAUGUGUCUCUCCAAUUCUCUCUUCAUGAAAUGAACUGUGAUUUCUAGUUAUUGUUUAAUAGAUAAAUCUUUUGGAUGCUAAUAUAUACUGAGCGAAUUUAACUGAUUUUUCUAUAAGUGUUGAGUGAUAGAAACUAUUUCAUUCUUGUGAGCUUUACAAAGCUGAAUUGCGUAAAAGAAAAGCACACUUUAUUUUUUCAUAAUAUAUAUAGAGAGUGAAUAACAAGGUUGAAGAAGUUAGCCGAGAAGACAAGUCAGUACUUGGAUCACCUGCUCAAGGACAUUAAGUACGAGGACUGUCAGGACUAAGGAUGGGGCAUGUAUGGCGAGGAGGUGUUCCCAGUGGUUGUGCAAAUGGAGAGUGUUGGGUGCCCAGACUGGUGUAUAUAGCAGCUCUUCUACUGUUGGUACCUGCUGGCCAAGCUGCCAGUCUCUCACACGAGUACCACACCACCUCCAACCAUGACAUCUCCGUUAACGAAAUUGAAGCAUUUGUGAAGAAAUUGCAGUAUGAAGCUGUGAAUGGUGUGGACAACAGGGUAGAUGGUGAAGCAGUGUCCGUUAACCUCAAUCUUCUACCAGACGACGUCAUCGCAGAAGACAUCCUGGACGGUCUGCAGGAGGAGUUCUCCUCUGUUGGUGAGAUGACACUUUUUAUGUAUGUGUAUAAGGAGCUGAGUGACAACUCUACUAAAUCAGUCAACUCCACAACAAAUGGACCCCAAAGCCGCCAGCUGUCUCUCAUCUUCCAAGGGGUAUAUGCCCCUGAUGCACGCUUCAAUGCCUUUGUGGAUGGUGUCAUGAUUAAUAUGGUGGCAGAAAUGAAGAGGAAAAGAAUGGACCCACUCUACUUCCGGGUAUAUGACCGUGGCAUUAUUGAACAUGUCACAACAAGUGAAGUGCGAGGCAGUCGACAAGAUGAGUCAACAACUGUGUCUUCUGUCAACUCUGCUUCCAAGAAUGGAAGGCAACGUGGCAGUGCUAUUGGAGGAGGAGUGAUUCGUGGAUUAACCAAUGUUAAGCGCUUUGGUAAUGCUGAAGUUCAGAUUGCUGGAAACUUAACCCUGAUUCGUGCACACUGGCUUACUGGGCCUCUUGACUUGAUCAUAGAUUACCGUUCAAGUCCAGGUAUCACCAGAGUCCGUACUGUCCUCCAGGCUGUCCAGUUAGAUACACUGACCACUAUAGACCGAUUUGGUGCUGAAAUGUCAGAUUUUCAUAUCGUAAGUCCGGCCGAGUACGAGGUACGUCUUGUGGGAGCCAAAAGUGAGCGGUACCACCGAAUCAGUCAGUCUGCUCUUCUGAGACUCUUCAAACCAACUGGUCGACUGGAACGUAGGUUAGAGAGAGUUUAUGUCCGAGCACGAUCCCGACGUAUACCUGAUGUUGUGGCUAGGAAUCAAAGAAGAAACAACAGACGAAAUAGGAACAAAAAUCAGCAAGAAUCAUCCAACACAAACAAUGGAGAUGCAAAUAUAAAUGGUCAAGAUAACAGAAAAAAUAAUCAGAGGGGCAGUAGUAAAGAAGGUACACAGAAAGAAAAUUCAGGGGAACCUUUGGAAAUACCUGAACUUCCUUGAAUACUGUAAAUGCAUAAUAUGUUUAUUAACCCUUAAACUGUCCAAAUGUAGAUCUACAUUUUCACCGCCAGUGCUCCGAGUAUUUUUUUUUUUUUUAAAUGAAAGAGGGCAGUUUUCUGUGUAAUGAAAACAAAAAUUUUUUAGUAUCAGUACUUAUCAAGAUAUAAGACUGCGAAGUCCGGACACUCACCUGGUGGUAACAGAGUCCUGCCGCUUGCAGAAGUGUUGCCAAUAUACUUUUCUCGUUUUUAUUUUUACAUAACUUUUGUUCUAAUAAUUACAGUUUAUAGUAGUU